AUGAGCGACUACGAUCGAAAGGAACCUUUCGAUGACAAGGCCUCGGCUUCUGGGGUUGAUGUCGCCGUUGACCCUGAUGUUGGGUUGAGUGAGGCCGAGAAACAAGAGGCUGAGAAGAAGCUACUUCGCAAGAUUGACAUGCAGCUCGUUCCUUGGCUUUGUCUGCUCUACCUUGUCUGCUUUCUUGACCGAACCAAUAUCGGCAAUGCCAAAAUUGCAGGCCUGCUCGAUGACGUGCAUAUGAGCACCUCACAGUUCAAUGCGACACUGACCAUUUUCUACAUCUCAUACGCUAUUUUCGAGCCUCUCGCCAACGUUCUCCUGAAGUGGUCCAAGCCGUCCAUCUUCAUCCCUGUCAUUAUGGUACUAUGGGGCGCUUCAAUGCUGGGAAUGGGCUUCGUCAAGAACUGGGAAGGCCUCAUGGCUGCUCGGUGGUUCCUUGGUGUCACAGAGGCCGGACUCUUCCCCGGAAUUAAUUACUACCUGUCCUGCUGGUAUAAGCGAUCCGAGUUUGGUGCUCGUGCCGCCUGGUUCUUCUCGGCUGCUGCGCUUGCUGGCUCUUUCGGUGGUCUCCUGGCUGCAGCUAUCCAGAAGAUGGAUGGUGUUUCUGGAAUUCCUGGAUGGGCCUGGAUCUUUAUCAUUGAAGGUCUCCUUACUAUCAUGAUUGGGUUUGCUUCAUUCUGGAUGGUCCACGAUUUCCCGACUGAGGCCAAGUUUCUUGAUGAGAAGGAACGAGCUCGCGUCAUCCAACGACUCGCUGCCGAUAAGCAGUCAUCUGCUAAGGACGAGCAGUUCAAGAUGAAGUACCUCUGGCAGUCCCUCACCGACUGGAAGACAUACUGUGGAAUGCUCAUUUACAUGGGUCCUCUGAUGCCCUUGUACUCUUUCAGUGUCUUCUUGCCUACCAUUAUCCAGAACAUGGCCUUUACAGACAAGAAGGCGAUUGUCAAGAACCAGCUUCUUAGUGUACCACCCUACGCCUUGGCUGCUGUCGCGACGAUAUUUGUUGGCAUAUACUCGGACAGAAUCAACAAACGAGGUAUCUUCAACCUGUGUGCUGCCCCCAUCGGAAUGGCAGGCUUUGUCAUGCUUGUUGCGUCGACCAACCCUGCCGUUCAGUACACGGGCUGCUUUCUGGGUGCUCUGGGCAUCUACCCUGUGAUUCCCAUCACCAUAAGCUGGGUCGCCAACAACGUUGAGGGUGUGUACAAGCGAGGCAUCACCCUUGGCUUUGUGAUUGGCUGGGGCAACCUCAACGGUGUGGUGAGCAGCAACGUCUUCUUCAACGGCCCUCGUUUCAACGAAGGGCACGGCACGAUCCUUGCGUACAUGUUUGGGGGCGUUUUCUGCGGUAGUCUUCUCAUGUAUGUGAUGCUAGCGCGAGAGAACAAGAAGCGGUUGGCUGGUGAGCGUGACCAGGUUGUGGAGGGCAAGUCUGCCGAGGAGAUUCAUGAGAUGGGCGAUAAGCGGCCCGAUUUCCUUUACACACUGUAA